AUGAAUACUCCUAAAGCAAGAGGUGAAACUUUAAGCCUUGAAAUAUGUCCAAAGACUAAAAAGGAAAAGGAAAACAUGUCUCGAGUUCCAUAUUCUAGUGUUGUCGAGAGUUUAAUAUAUGUUAUGAUGUAUACUCACCCAGACAUUUGUUAUGCUGUAGGUCUGGUUAGCAGGUAUCAAUCCAAUCUUGGAAGAAAUCAUUGGAAAGCAGUAAAGAGAAUUUUUCGAUACCUGAAGGAAACUGCAGACCAUUCACUAUGUUAUAAUGGAUCUGAUUUACUUCUAAUAGGUUACAUAGAUGCUGAUUGGGCUGGUGACCGGAAUGAUAGAAAAUCAACCUUUGUCUAUGCUUUCUUACUUAAUGGUGGUGCUAUUUCAUGGAAAAGUAAGAAACAAACUUGCACAACUCUUUCAAUCAUGGAAUCUGAAUUUGUAGCUUAUGCAUCUGCAUUACAAGAAGUUGUUUGGUUAAAGUGA